GCCUCUCUCUGCAGCAGUCAGUCAGUCAGUCAGUGGGUGAGUGAGCUGGUCAGUUGGUGUGUGCAGGAGAAGCAGCAGCUAUGCCAGGUGGGUAUAAAGGAGAGUGCAGGGACGAUGUGGACCCCAUGCCGUUCCUGGUUCCGUCAGAAAAGGAGCGGAUGGAUGUCAUGAACAAACCAUACGACAUCAAGCGCUCUUGCUGGGUCAAAGAUGAGAAGGAGGCUUUCAUCGCUGGGGAGAUUCAGUCUGACGACGGGGACAAAGUCACCGUCAAGACCUCCAAGAACACAACUGUGAGUGUGAAGAAGGAUGAUAUUCAGCAGAUGAAUCCUCCCAAGUUCUACCAGGCCUGCGACAUGGCCAACCUCACUUUCCUCAAUGAGGCCAGUGUCAUGGAAAACCUGCGCAGCCGCUACGUCAGCAUGAGGAUCUAUACGUAUUCCGGCCUCUUCUGCGUGACCAUCAACCCGUACAAAUGGCUGCCCGUCUACGGUGCUAAAGUGGCCCAGAUGUACAAGGGGAAGAAACGCAACGAAGUCCCUCCUCACCUCUUCUCCGUCUCUGACAACGCUUACCAUGACAUGAUGAUGGAGCAUGAGAACCAGUCUAUGCUGAUCACUGGAGAAUCCGGUGCUGGCAAGACUGAGAACACUAAGAAGGUUAUCCAGUACUUUGCCAAUGUUGGAGCCUCUGGGAGCAAAGCCUCAGACUCCAAGGGCUCUCUGGAGGACCAGAUCAUUCAGGCUAACCCGGUGCUGGAGGCAUUCGGCAACGCCAAGACCAUCAGGAACAACAACUCCUCACGCUUUGGAAAGUUCAUUCGCAUCCACUUUGGGCCAACAACUAAGCUGGCUGGUGCUGAUAUUGAGACUUAUCUCCUAGAGAAAUCAAGAGUGAUUUCCCAGCAGGCCGCAGAGAGAGGAUACCACAUCUUCUACCAACUCCUUUCUGGAAGGAAGCCAGAGCUCAUAGAGGCGCUGCUGCUGAGCCCAGACCCCAAACAGUAUGUGUGGGUUUGCCAGGGAGUGACUGUGGUGGACAACAUGGAUGAUGGAGAGGAGCUGCUGCUCACUGAUGAGGCCUUUGAUGUGCUGGGCUUCACUCCCGAGGAGAAGAUGAGCAUCUACAAGCUGACUGGAGGCAUAAUGCACUUCGGCAACAUGAAGUUCAAACAGAAACCGAGAGAGGAACAGGCUGAUGUGGAUUCCAGCGAGGUGGCUGACAAAGUCGCCCACCUCAUGGCCAUCAACUCUGGGGAGCUGCAGAAGGGCAUAACGCGCCCCAGGGUCAAGGUCGGCAAUGAGUUUGUGACCAAAGGUCAGAACCAGGACCAGUGCGUGUACUCCAUCGGUGCUCUGGCAAAAGCCAUCUAUGACCGCAUGUUUAAAUGGAUGGUGACCCGCAUCAAUAGGACCCUGGACACCAAGAUGCAGCGUCAGUACUUCAUAGGAGUACUAGACAUUGCUGGCUUUGAGAUCUUCGAGUUCAACAGCUUUGAGCAGCUGUGCAUCAACUUCACCAACGAGAAGCUGCAGCAGUUCUUCAACCACCACAUGUUUGUGCUGGAGCAAGAAGAAUACAAGAAGGAGGGAAUCGACUGGGUCUUCAUUGACUUUGGUCUGGACCUGCAGGCCUGUAUCGACCUGCUGGAAAGGCCUAUGGGGAUUUUUUCCAUCCUGGAGGAACAGUGUGUGUUUCCAAAGGCGACAGACGGGACCUUCAAAGCAUCUUUGUAUGACAACCACCUGGGCAAGUCCUCCAACUUCCUCAAGCCAAAACCUGGAAAGAAAGGAGCCGAGGCCCACUUUGAACUGGUGCACUAUGCUGGCACUGUGGGUUACAACAUCACCGGUUGGCUCGAGAAGAACAAAGACCCUCUGAACGAGACAGUGGUGGGUCUCUUCCAGAAGUCCUCCAUGCCCCUGUUGGCUCUGCUCUUCAAAGAGGAGGAGGGCACUGCAGGGACCAAGAAGCAGAAAAAGGGAUCUUCCUUCCAAACGGUCUCCAACUUCUACAGGGAACAGCUGAACAAACUGAUGAGCACCCUGCGAAGCACUGCUCCACACUUUGUCCGCUGCAUCAUACCCAACGAGUUCAAGAAGUCAGGUGUGACAGAUAAUCACCUGAUCUUGCACCAGUUAGCCUGUAACGGCGUCCUAGAGGGGAUUCGUAUCUGCAGGAAAGGAUUCCCCAAUAGACUACAGUAUCCAGAAUUCAAACAAAGGUACUGUAUUCUCAACCCCAACGUUAUCCCAAAAGGGUUUGUUGACAACAAGAAGGCCUCUGAGCUCAUCCUGGGCUCUGUUGGUCUGGAUAAUAUGGAGUACCGCAUCGGUCACAGCAAGGUGUUUUUCCGCGCAGGCGUCCUGGCAAAGCUGGAGGACAUGCGUGACGAGCGGCUGGCGAAGAUCAUAACCUUGCUGCAGUCUCAACUCAGAGGAACUCUGAUGAGGAUCGAGUUUAAGAAGAUGGUGGACAGACGAAUUGCACUGAUGGCCAUCCAGCGUAAUGUGAGGAAGUUCCUCCAGUUACGCUUCUGGGGCUGGUGGAAACUUUACACAAAGGUGAAGCCCCUUCUCAUGGUCGCCCGCCAGGAGGAGAUUUUCAAGGCCAAGGAAGAGGAGCUGAGGGAGUCAGUGGAGAAGGUCAAGGGGCUGGAGGGCAAGAUCAAAGAUCUUGAGGGGAAGAUGGUCACUCUGUCACAGGAGAAGAACGACCUAACCCUGGCCCUGGCUGCAGAGCAGGACACACUAGGUGAUGCUGAGGAGCGCUGUACCCAGCUGAUGCACCAAAAGGUCCAGCUGGAGGAGUCACUGCAGGACCUGCGUGAGCGCCUGGAGGAAGAAGAGGGCAACGCAGCUUCUCUUCAUGGCCAGAGGAGGCAGCUGGAGGGGGAACUGACUGAGCUGAAGAGAGACCUGGAGUCUCUGGAGUCCACAGUGGCCAAGACGGAGAAGGAGAAACAGGGUCUGGACUACAAAGUGCGGACUCUGACAGGUGACCUGAGCCAGAGGGACGACCAAGUCGCCAAACUGCAGAAGGAAAAGAGAGCUCUGGAGGACCUGCAACAGAAAACUCUGGAGGAUCUCCAGACAGAGGAAGACAAAGUCAACCAUCUAACUAAGACCAACAGCAGGCUUAACACCCAAGUGAACGAGCUUGAGGACAGCUGGGAGCAGGAGAAGAGGAUCAGGGCAGAGGUGGAAAAGGCACGGAGGAAGGCAGAAGGAGACCUGAGGAUGACCAUAGAGAACUUGAACGAGAUGGAGAACGCAAAGGUCGAUCUGGAGGAGGUCAUCAAGAAGAGAGACUUUGAAAUCAGCAACAUGAACUCCAAGAUGGAAGACGAACAAGCUCUGAGCUCCAUGCUUAGCCGCAAGCUCAAAGAGCACCAGGGCCGCAUUGAGGAGCUGGAGGAGGAGCUGGAGGCCGAACGAGCCAUGAGAGCUAAGGUUGAGAAGCAGAGGGCCGAGCUGUCUCGAGAUCUGGAGGAUCUCAGUGACAGGCUGGAGGAGGCUGGAGGAGCCACCGUGUCACAGAUCGAGCAGAACAGGAAGCGGGAGACGGAACUACUGAAGCUGAGGCGGGAGCUGGAGGAGGCUGCACUCCAGUCAGAGGCCACAGCAGCCGGGCUGAGAAAGAAGCACUCAGACGUGAUGGCAGAGCUGGGCGAGCAGCUGGAGAACCUGACCAGGCUGAAAGUCAAACUGGAGAAGGACAAAAUGAGCAUGAAGGCUGAGAUCGAAGAUCUAAGCGUCACCAUAGAGACCACACAGAAAGCAAAAAUGAACUCUGAGGUCCACGCUCAUAAGCUGGAAGACAAUCUGGCAGAGGCCAACGCUCGCCUGGCUGAGCUGGAGCGCACUCAGACUGAGCUCAACUCGACCAAAAUCCACCUGACUGCGGAGAAUAAUGAUCUGAGCCGGGAGUUGGAAGACGCGCAGAGUAAGCUGACGCAGGCGAGCAGGCUGAAGGCCUCGCUCGCCCUGCAGGUGGAUGAGCUCAAGAGGCAGGUGGAUGAGGAGAACAAGGGUCGGAACACAGCCGUGGUGGCCUUGGCCAACGCCCGCCAUGACCUCUCGCUGCUGAAGGAGCAGCUGGAGGAGGAGUCAGAAGCCCGUAGUGAGCUGCAGCGCCUCGUGUCCAAGCUCAACGCUGACGUCACCUCCUGGAGGAGCAAGUAUGAGACAGACGCCAUCCACCGCACUGAGGAGCUGGAAGAGACCAAGCGCAAACUUGCAGUGCGUCUCCAGGAGGCUGAGGAGGCAGCGGAGGCGGCCCAGGCCAGAGCUGCCAGCUUGGAGAAGAUCAAGCAGAGGCUGCAGGGAGAAGUGGAGGACCUCACCAUAGACCUGGAGAAGUCCAACGCGGCGGCGGCAGCUCUGGACAAAAAACAGAGAGUUUUCGACAAACUGGCGGCCGAGUGGCACCAGAAGAAUGAAGAGCUGCAGCUGGAACUGGAGAGCAGCCAGAAGGAGAGUCGCUCCUACAUGACAGAACUGUACAAGCUGAAGACGGCUUACGAGGAGAGCCAGGAUCACAUAGAGACUGUCUGCAAGGAGAACAAAACCCUCUCAGAGGAGAUCAAGGAGUUGGUCGACCAGCUUGGCGAGGGAGGCCGCAGCGUCCACGAGCUGCAGAAAGCCAAGAAGAAACUGGAGGUGGAGAAGGAGGAGCUGCAGCUGGCUCUGGAGGAAGCCGAAACUUCAUUAGAGGUGGAGGAAGGUAAGCUGGUGCGCGUGCAGCUGGAGUUGGCUCAGGUCAAAGCUGACAUCGACCGGAGAAUUCACGAGAAAGAGGAGGAGUUUGAAGUCACCAGGAAGAACCAUGCGCGCGCAGUGGAGUCGCUGCAGGCCAGUUUGGAGGCAGAGGCCAAAGGUCGAGCCGAGGCUCUGAGGAUGAAGAAGAAAAUGGAGGGAGACUUGAAUGAGAUGGAGAUUCAGCUGGAGCAUGCUAACAGGAACAAUGCGGAGCUGGUCAAAACCCUCAAGAAGCUGCAGCAGCAGAUCAAAGAUCUGCAGGUGCAGAUGGAUGAGGAUGCUCGUCAGCAUGAGGAGCUGAGGGAGAAAUUCAGCCUCCAGGAGCGGCGUCUGUGUCUCAUGCAGGGGGAGAUGGAGGAGCUGAGAGGAGGUCUGGAGGCAUCUGAGAGGGCCCGCAAACAGAUCGAGCAGGAGCUGGUGGACACCACAGAGAGGUUCAGCGAGAUCAGCAUGCACAACCAAAGUCUGACUAUUCUGAAGAGAAAACUGGAGGCAGACCUCACUCGAGUGUCCAGUGAGAACGAGGAGCUGAUCUCAGAGUUUCGUGCCGCCGAUGAGAGAGCCAAGAAGGCUGUGACGGACGCAACACGACUGUGUGAGGAGCUUCGGCAGGAGCAGGAGCGGAGCUCCCACCUGGAGAGGGUCAAGAAGAACCAGGAGCAGAACCUGAAAGACCUCACUAUGAAGCUGGAGGAGGCUGAGCAGCAGGCACUGAAGGCCGGCAAACGCACCAUCCAAAAACUGGAAACCAGGAUCAAAGAGCUGGAGAACUCGAUGGAUCAGGAGCAGAAGCGCCACACGGAAACGGUGAAAGCUCUCCGCAAAGGAGAGCGCCGACUCAAGGAGCUGAUCUUCCAGACAGAGGAGGACCACAAGACCAACCAGCGCAUGCAGGAGCUGGUGGAGAAACUCCAGAACAAGCUCAAGUGCUACAAACGGCAGAUAGAGGAAGCUGAGGAGCAGGCCAACAGCAGCCUGUCCAAGUACAGGAAGACAAUCCACGAGCUGGAUGACGCUGAGGAGCGCGCAGACAUGGCUGAGAUGGCUCUGAAUAAAAUGAGGACCAGGAAUCGAGCCUCGACCGCCAAAGGCUUCACCUCAGUGGAGAUCGUCCAGGUCACAAAGCCCAGCAGUGGAGGACAGGACGGCUGAAAUGGACACACGAUAGACACACUGCCAGCAGUGACACACUCUCAUUCAGCCCUCCAGGACACACUUCAUUGAGGAAGUCUGAGCACAAGCGCCCUAUAGAAAGUCUUAAAAAAUAAAGCCUUAAAUAAGUCCUUAACAUCACAUACAGUCUUAAUCAGUAUAGUCAUAGGAUUUGUCUGUUUUAGUCCAUGUUUAGCCAGCAUGACGGAGUCUGUCUUGAAUGUACUUGUAGGUGUGUGACUGUCAGGAAUAGAGUUGUGGUUGUGUGUCUGUUUUGGGGAUCAUGUAGUGUCUCCUAGUUUGUGUUUAAGUGUUUUUGGGUGCACGUGUGGCACAUUUCUCCUGGUUAGUGUCCACAGACUGGAGGGAGGAGUGGGAUGAAGCUGUGUUCUCACGUCAACGACAGAGAGCCCACCUGUGUGUGUGUGUGUGUCGCUCCUGCGUGUGUUACAAACGUGUAAUGACAUGCUGCAGAGUCUUAAUAAACUAUAAGCAAGUGA